AUGGCACAAGGGAGAAAAGAUUCGAGUCGAUUGCCUAGUGAUACCAUGAAGAAUCCACAGCAUCAAGGGAGUUCGUCUAACGCCAGAAUUAAUCAGGUAAGUAUUCUUCGUUCUGGGAAAGUUUAUGAUAAUCAGGUUGGGACUCCUCCACAGUUGGUUGAAGGUGUUGUGGAGGAAGUUGAUGAGGAAAACGAGUCCGAUGCGGAGCCGGGACCUAUUAGCCCUAAAAAGAAUAAAAAAGAAAAUCUCGAAAAUAAUAGGGUGAUAGAUACUGAACCGGGUGACAAAAAGGGGAAGGGUAUGGAGGGUAAUAUCGUACCAUUUCCUAAGGCUUUAAUUAAUCCUGAAACAAAAGUUGUUAAUAAACGGGGCCCACAACAGGAUGAGAUGUGGGAAGUUUUUAAACAGGUGAAAAUUAAUCUCCCGUUAUUAGACGCAAUCAAGCAGGUUCCGGCAUAUGCAAAAUAUUUGAAAGAGCUUUGCACCCAAAAACGGCACAACAAAUUUCCGAAAAAGAUAGCUUUAACCGAAAAAGUUAGUGCCGUUCUGUCGGAUGAUCUUCCACCAAAGCUCCGAGAUCCAGGUGCUCCUCUAAUCCCCAUUCAAGUGGGUGAAUUUAAGAUGAGUCGAGCCUUGCUGGAUUUGGGAGCAAGUGUCAGCAUCUUACCGGGAAGUUUAUACGAUCAAUACGAUUUCGGAUCAUUGAAGCAAGCCGACACCACCGUGGUGUUGGCCGACUUGACGUUAAAACUACCUCGGGGGAUCUUACGUGAUGUCAUUGUCAAAGUUGACGAGUUUUAUUACCCGGUUGACUUUUUGGUUUUAGAAUACGUGCAAAUUGAAAAUACUAAACAACCUAAUGUCAUACUUGGUAGACCAUUUUUAGCAACCGCUAAUGCACUAAUCGAUUGUAGAAAUGGUACGGUUGACAUCACGUUUGGAAAUCGUAAGGUCCGAUUAAAUGCUUUUGCCCGUGCAUCUGAUUCUCUAGUCAAUGAUGAAUGCUUCAUGGCGGACAUUAUUGACGGGUGUUAUCCUCACGAAAGUGGGGAAUGCACUAUAGAGACGUGUUUUGUUUGUGACAGGGAUUUGGCAGAAAUAGAGGUGGAAUUGGAAUACGCGGAAGAAGAGUUGGAGGUGAUGGCUGUUAAGGAAUUGAAGCCGACUUGGACACAUCAAGUCGAGAAUUUACCGGAUCAUAUUGACACGCAGUUGAAGCCAUCACUUGACUCACCUCCACAAGUCGAGUUGAAGACAUUGCCAAAACAUUUGAAGUAUGCUUUUGUGGGCGACAACAACACCCUACCUGUAAUUAUCGCUUCCAAUUUAUCACAUGAACAAGAAAAAGCUUUAAUGGAAGUGUUAAUAGCCAACCGGGCUGCAAUUGGGUGGACAAUCGCUGAUCUCAAGGGGAUUAGUCCAUCCAUUGUUAUGCAUAAGAUCAUCACGGAGGAGGGAGCAAAAUCGGCUCGAGAUGCUCAACGAAGACUGAACCCAAACAUGCGGGAAAUUGUGAAAAAGGAAGUCUUAAAGUGGUUGGAUGCAGGGAUCAUCUAUCCCAUAUCGGACAGUACUUGGGUGAGUCCGACACAGACGGUGCCUAAAAAGGCGGGCAUCCAGAUUGUUAUAGGUGAAGACGGUAAGGAAGUGGCCACCCGGCCGGUAACCGGGUGGAGAAUUUGCAUAGAUUAUAGAAAGUUGAAUGCUGCAACUUCAAAGGAUCACUUCCCACUUCCUUUUAUUGAUCAGAUUGUGGAAAAGCUCGCAGAUGUCCCAUUUGUUUUUGACAAGCAUUGUAAAAGAUCUUUUGAGACACUAAAACAAAAGUUAGUUGAAGCACCUAUCUUACAAUCCCCUGAUUGGUCACUUCCUUUUGAAAUAAUGUGCGAUGCUAGUGACUAUGCAGUAGGUGCAGUCUUGGGACAGAGAAUUGACAAGAAACCGGUGGCAAUCUAUGAUGCGAGCAAGACUCUCGCGGAUGCUCAGUUGAAUUACACAACCACGGAAAAGGAGCUGCUUGCUGUUGUCUAUGCGUUAGACAAGUUUAGACCUUAUAUUUGUGGUAGUAAAGUAAUUGUGUUUUCGGAUCACUCUGCAAUUAGGUAUCUUAUGGAGAAAAAGGACGCAAAGCCAAGGCUCAUCAGAUGGAUCCUUUUAUUGCAAGAAUUCGAUUUGGAGAUACGAGAUAAGAAGGGAAGCGAAAACGUGGUGGCAGACCAUCUGUCACGAGUGGUGAAUGAGAUUGAAGGACCUAAACAUGACAUUCUGGAAACUUUUCCAGAUGAGCAUCUACUUACUAUUGAUACUCAACCAUGGUUUGCUAACUUUGCUAAUUAUGCUCAUUCAGGCAUCGUUUCGGACCAUUGGACGAGAUCUAGGAAGGCGCACAUUCUUUCACAAGCAAAGCAGUAUAUAUGGGAUGAACCGGAUCUGUUUAAAGUUGGAGCUGACCAGAUUAUCCGGAAGUGUGUUGAGGAUGAAGAAAUUCCAUCAGUUUUGUCAUUGGUGCACGAAUCCGCAUGUGGUGGACAUUUCAGUGGACAGAAAACGGCACGAAAAGUGCUAUCGUGUGGGCUAUAUUGGCCUACAGUGUUUAGGGAUUCAUUUGAAUACGCUAAGAAUUGUUUGCGGUGUCAACAAAUGGGUAGCAUUUCGAAACGGGAUGAGAUGCCCAUGCAGCCAAUCCUUGUUGUCGAUAUUUUUGACGUAUGGGGAAUUGACUUUAUGGGCCCAUUCCCGAAUUCGUUCGGAAAUCUUUACAUCUUGGUGGCAGUGUCGCCACCAAGACCAAUGACCAUAAGAUAUGGUGUUGAUCAUCGAAUUGCCACUCCGUAUCAUCCUCAAACGAGUGGGCAAGUCGAAGUUUCUAAUCGACAAAUUAAAGAAGUUUUACAAAAAACUGUGCGAGCCGACCGCAAGGAUUGGUCCAAUAAAUUGGACGAUGCUUUGUGGGCGUAUCGUACAGCAUACAAAACACCGAUUGGAACAACACCGUAUCGAUUGGUCUAUGGAAAAGGAUGUCACUUACCGGUGGAAAUUGCACAUCAUGCAUUUUGGGCAGUUAAACAGAUUAACAUUGAUUAUGAUACUGCAGGUAAGGAGCGACAAUUGACAUUGGCUGAAUUGGAAGAGAUACGAAAUGAGGCUUAUGAUUGUGCUGCUGCAUACAAAGAUAAGAUGAAAAAAGUGCACGACGCGAAGAUUAAGCCGAAAGUGUUUGAAGUUGGCCAGCUUGUGUGGUUAUACAAUUCCAGGUUGAAACUGUUCCCUGGAAAGCUGAAGAGUAAGUGGACAGGGCCUUAUCGUGUGACGAAGGUCGGAAAACACGGUGAUUUUGAGAUUGAGGACUUUGAUGAUCAUAUCCGUCAGAUGGUGAACGGCCACAGACUGAAGCCGUACUUCAAUGCUCGAGAAAUUAACGGUCCUGGGAAGAACGUGGAGGUGCUAUACGUGAGCACAGUCCGCGAGAUGUCGGACGAAGGUGCAUCAAGCGCAGGAGGAAAACGCAAGCGCAAAGCAACGAAAAAGAGUCAACCGGUCCAAUAUAGGAUGCCUGAGGAGCGGCCGGAACCCAAUGCCGUGGCAGUGCCUCUUGAUCAGAGGGAGCUGCGCAAUCACACACUGUUACAGUUUAUGUUGGGCACCGAAGAAUAUGAGAGAUGUGAAAAGUUUUUGGAAAUGGAGUUAUUUCAGCACAGGACCGUGAAUUGGGGAAUGAUUGAUGCUAUGGAUCAGCGGGAGAGAUUGGAAGGGUUGUUAGGCCGUUGA